AUGGGUAAGGAUUUGGAUGAAGAGGAGGAACAAUUGACUGCACAGCCGGCAAAGACUGGAACUACAAAGUCAGAAUGGAAGUCUCUUUUCAACUUCUCCUCACACCAGCAUGUGCCCAUCCUAAUCGUCGCCCUCAUUCUUUCGACAGCCGCUGGUAUCACCGGACCAGCUCUUGCGCUCUUCUUUGGCAAGAUUUUUGAUGCGUUUUCUGCCUACGGAUCUGGCGCAGUUGACGGUGACGCGCUGAUGCAAAAGGUUUCUAAAGAUGCUAUUGCGCUUUGUGUGCUUGGAUGCACGGUCUGGCUGGUCAAGGGAGGCUAUUUUGCAUUAUGGAUGGUGUUUGGCGAGAUGCAAGCGAAGAAUGCACGAGAUCUGCUGUUUCAAAAUCUGUUGGAGAAGGAUUUCGAAUGGUACGAGAUGCGUACGAGUGGAAUAGGAGCGCUGCUACCACGACUACAAACGCAGAUUCGCGAACUCCAGAUAGGCACGGCUCAGCCUUUAGGCUUCUCGGUUGAAUUCAUCGUGCAAGCGUUUGCAUCUCUCGGACUGGCCUUAUACACAUCGUGGAAGCUUACUCUGGUGAUUCUGGCUGCCCUGCCCGUGGCGGCAGUCAUAAUGUCAUUUAUCAAUUCUAUGAUGCAGCCAAGUAUCCUCGCGCAAGAAGUCGAACUUUCUUUAGCCUCCAAAUUCGCCAAUAGUGCUCUCUCAGCGAUUGAUACCGUCAAAUGCUUCAACGGUCAAGCCCAUGAGCUUGAGCAGUACAGAUCAGUUGUCAUGGCAGCCGCAAAGCAUUACAUGAAGCAGGCUCUGUCUAAUUCACUUCAAAUCGGGUUCGUACGUUUUGUGACUACGGCGAUGUUUGUCCAAGGGUUUUGGUAUGGUGGUCAUCUCGUAAGGACAGGCAAAGCUUCUGCAGGCGAUGUGCUCACCACGUUCUGGGCUUGUCUUAUGGCCACCAAAGCCAUUGAAGAUAUCCUGCCCCAUAUGAUUGUCCUCGAAAAAGGACGAGCCGCAGGCGCCGCCAUGAAAACCAUCCUUGAACAAAUGAGUCGGGGACUGAAAGUCGACUGCAGAACAAACCAGUCUACACCAAAGUUCUGUGAGGGAGAUCUCGUAGUGCGUGAUGUUUCUUUUGCCUAUCCAUCCCGGCCAGACAAUCUGGUGCUGAACGAGUCAACUUUCUUCUUCCCAGCUGGAGAGACGACUUUCGUGGUGGGCAAAAGUGGUUCGGGGAAAAGUACGCUUGGAAACUUGUUGAUGCGAUUUUACGAGCCAACUGCUGGCAAGGUAUUUGUGGAUGGCACAUCGAUCGGCGAGCUUGAGAUCAACUGGCUACGUAACAAUAUUACGCUUGUGCAACAGCAGAGUAUACUCUUCAACGAGACUAUUUUCAAGAACAUUUCCUUCGGGCAACGUGACCACUAUCGGGUCACCAAGGAGCAAGUCGAAGUCUGCGUUGAUCUUGCAGCCCUUCAGUCUACCAUCAACGAAAUGCCUCACGGCCUCGAUACUGAGGUCGGGAGUGGUGGUAAUGCCUUGAGUGGGGGUCAGAAGCAAAGAAUUGCUGUGGCGAGAGCAAGAUUGCGAGAUACUCCGAUCUUGGUUCUCGAUGAGUCAACCAGUGCUCUGGAUUAUAUCAGCCGGAAAGCUGUCAUGGAAGCGAUACGCGAGUGGCGCCGGGGGAAAACCACGAUCAUCAUUACUCACGACAUUUCCCAGAUCAAACAAGAGGAUUUCGUAUACGUCCUUGAGAACGGACGGAUUAUCGAGGAGGGCUAUCGACAUGCAUUGCCUUCAUUGGAGAAGGUAGCAUCCGACACAUUGACCACCCCAACCAUUGCCUCUUCAGGACAUUUCGAUUUUGGUUUCCAAGCAAGACCAAGUCUAGUUCCACAGCAUACUCGAUACAGUAAUAUAGCUGUGGAUACACGAAGGUCUAUGAUGCGAAGAGAUUCGAUAGAAAUGCAGCUGGACAGCAUUGCUGAAAGUUCCCGUAAUCCACGGCCACCAUCCAUGGGCACUGCAGGUGUGCAUGCACGGCCUGUAGCACGGAAACGCUCAUCUGCCGGCAAUGUAUUGGACGCGAUCAGAGGACGGCCGGUGUUGCCUGCAACACCGAGAACUUCCGCUUACCUCCUAACGUCCAAUCCGCUUGAGAUAGGGCAGUUGCAUUCAGCCAAUCCUAGGACGCUCAACCUGCACCGAGCUCUAUCUCGCAGUGGUCGACCCAUGAGUAUGCACCAAGCUAUGACAAUGAAUAGCAUUUACGGAGACUCAAUGCUGCCAACCAACCACUCCAACUUGAAGCGAGCACCAACCUUCCAAACCAAUCGCCGUGUAUCGGCCAGGGCUUCUCUAACGCCUUGGAGCAAUUGGAAGCCAUCAGAAGUGGGAGCAGAUGGAACACUACGAACCCAACCCGUUUCUUCUAUUCGGUCCAUUCUACAAACAGUGUGGCCUACUCUCUCUCGACCCAAGCGGGUACAGUUCAUCCUUGGUUUCACUUCUGCCCUUGUACAUGCUGCAGGUCCACCUGUCUUCUCCUAUAUCUUCUCCCAACUGCUAGGCACAUUUUUCAUCACGGAGGGCCAAGCACGGAAAUCCCUGAUUUACUCCAUGGCCAUCCUUGGUAUCGCCGUCGUUGACGCUCUCUCGGAUGGAAGCAUGCACUAUCUCCUGGAAGGGUGUGGUCAAGUCUGGGUCGAUCGUCUUCGAUUGCAGGCUUUCGAAAGGAUACUUGAUCAACCAAAGGCCUGGUUUGACAUGCAAGAAAAUAGCCUGUCAAGCCUUACCAGCUGCCUCGACCGGAACGUCGAAGAGAUGCGCAAUCUCGUUGGGCGCUUCGCCCCGUUUAUUGUUGUCGUUGCAGCGAUGAUGACCAUAGCUACGGUCUGGUCUCUCGUGGUGUGCUGGAAGCUGACGCUGGUUGGCAUUGCUGCAGCUCCAUCUCUAUACUUCGUUACCAAAGGAUUUGAUGCUGUAAGCAGCAAGUGGGAGAAUCUCACCAACGAAGCUGGCAAUGAAGCUGGAGCCAUCUUCGUGGAGACCUUUACAGAUAUCCGUACAGUGCGAGCCUUGACGCUGGAAUCCUAUUUCCACAAAAAAUACAACAAAGCAACCUCCCAAGCGCUGAUCGUCGGCAUCAAGCGGGCCGCUUACUCUGGCUUCUGCUUCGGUGCAUCCGACUCGGCCAUCAAUUUCGUCACGGCCCUCGUCUUCUGGUACGGUGCGAAGGUCGUACAAGAAGGAGACUUCUCGGUCAAGUCAAUCCUCACAGUCUUCUCCAUGCUCCUCUUCAGCACGGCCAACGCUACCGCAGUAAUAGCCUUCAUCCCGCAAAUCUCCUCGUCGACAGACACGGCAACCCGGCUCCUCCGUCUGUCCAACCUGCCCCUCCAUAAAUCCCACGAACACAGCGGCACCAUCAAACUCAACACCGCUGACCCAGACAUCGUCUCCGGCCCCAUCAAAUUCAUCAACCUCACCUUCGCCUACCCUAUGAUGAAGCCUAGCCGCGGCCCCUCCGCACCCGCCCUCUCAAACCUGAACCUCACAAUCUCCAGCGGCACCUCCACAGCUGUGGUCGGGGCAUCCGGCUCCGGAAAAUCCACCAUCGCCUCCCUCUUACUCGGCCUCUAUCCGCCGACGCCCAACCCUACCAGCCGCCCCAACUCCACCUUCUCCCCACCACCACCACCCAAUCUCCUCAUCUCAGGCCACAACAUCACCACCCUGCACAUGGCCACACUCCGCACCCACAUAUCCAUCGUCCCCCAAACGCCCACCAUCUUCCCCGCCAGCGUCCGGCAAAACAUCAGCUACGGCCUCCCCCUCCUCUCACCCCUCACCACCACAUGCUCCAUCCACACCGCCGCAACCCGAGCCGGCAUCCACGACUUCAUCCUCAGCCUACCCCGGGGCUACGAAACACUCAUCGGCGAGGGCGGCUUAUGUGUUUCCGGCGGCCAAGCCCAGAGGAUCGUGAUCGCUCGAGCGCUGGUCCGGAGACCGCGGGUGCUGGUGCUGGACGAGGCGACGAGCGCGCUGGAUGGCGAAAGUGCCGACGUCAUCCGCCACACCGUCGUUGAUCUGAUCGCGGAGAGUAGGCGGGAAGUCAGGACCGGUGCGGGGGAUGGUGGCAAGGGGGGAGGCGGAGCCGGGAUGACGGUCCUGAUCAUCACGCAUUCCAAGGAGAUGAUGGCCUGCGCGGAGAACGUGGUCGUGCUGGAGAAGGGAACGGUGGUCGAGGAGGGGAGGUAUCGGGAUCUGAUCCGCAGAGAGGGGGGCAGGCUGUGGAGCAUGUUAAGGAGUCAUGGCUACGAUGAUGGCGGGAUUGCUUGA